AUGUCAGAUUCCAACACAACCGACUUCACCAACCCUUCCACCUUCAUCCUGACAGCCCAUGUCUGGAUCUCCAUCCCCUUCUGUGCCACAUACACCAUAGCUCUCUUGGGGAACUUCACCAUCCUGUUCAUUGUAAAGAAGGAGCCGAGCCUCCAUGAGCCCAUGUACUAUUUCCUCUGCAUGCUGGCCACCACCGACCUGAUCCUGUCUACGUCCAUCUUGCCCAAAACACUGAGCAUCUUCUGGUUCAAUUCCAGGGAGAUCGAUUUCAAUGCCUGCCUCACCCAGAUGUUCUUCAUUCAUGGCUUCUUAUCAAUAGAAUCUGGGAUCUUUGUGGCCAUGGCGUUGGAUCGCUACGUGGCCAUCUGUGUUCCCCUGAGACAUUCCACCAUCUUGACCAAUCCUAUGGUGGCCAAAAUUGGCCUGGCCGUGGUGCUGCGCAGCAGCAUUCUUGUACUGCCCACUCCCUUCCUGGCAAGACGAUGGCCAUAUUGCCUAACUAACAUCAUUACCCACACGCACUGCGAGCACAUGGCCGUGGUGAAACUGGCCUGCGCCGACACCCGCCUCAGUAGUUACUACGGGCUCUCUGUGGUAUUCCUAGUCACUGGUCUGGAUGCCAUUCUUAUCACCAUGUCCUACACCCAGAUCCUCAGGGCCAUCUUCAGCCUCCCCACCAAGGACGCCCGACUGAAGACUUUUGGGACCUGCGGCUCCCACCUUUGUGCCAUUUUAGCCUUUUACAUCCCAGCUCUCUUCUCCUUCCUCACACACCGCUUUGGCCACAAUGUGCCCCUAUAUUUCCAAGUUCUCAUGGCCAACCUGUACCUCCUGGUGCCCCCCAUGCUAAAUCCCAUCAUCUACGGGGUGAGGACCAAACAAAUCUGGAGCAGGCUUCUCCAUCUUUCUACUCACAAGAAGAUCUAA